AUGUUGCGCCAAGUCCGCCAGUUUCAUGCGUCCAGCAGGGCGCUGGACUUUUCCAAGAUGAUGAUUGUGGGCCGGAUCGGGUCGGACAUCUCGCAGUUUGUCAGCCAGAACGACAAGAAGUACGCCAAGUACUCGAUUGCGUCCCAGCCGCGGCGCGAUGGCCCGACCAACUGGUACACGAUCACCGUGUUCAACGAGCCGCAGAUGAACUUCCUGACGCAAUAUGUGAGAAAGGGCGCGCUAGUGUACGUCGAGGCAGACGCCGCGAACAACGUGUUCGAACGCGAGGACGGCUCCAAGAGCUACUCGCUAUCCUUGAUACAGAGGGAGAUCAAUCUAAUCCGUAACGGUAAGCCCGCGGAACAAGCCGAGCAGGAGGAAUAA